AUGGGCCAUAUUGUUCACCCAAAACGGAAAACAAAGGCAAUGCAUAACAUUUUACUCCACGAACGUCGUCGACUCUCAGCGCGACAGAUGCUUGGUGCUUGCAUAAUGACCGGAAUGCCAUAUACAAAAGGUGCUCGCUUUCUUUCUCUUUGUGGAACUAAGCCCCCUGUGAAGAGUGGUGUCAUGAGACAACAGAGAUUUUGUGACGAUAAGAUUAGAAGACUUAAAAGUAUUUCCCUAAUGCUGUCGAGAAAGUCCUUCAGUGGUUACUUAUCCAUUGAUGCAAGAUGGACGCACAGGCGAAACUCGCCAAGUUGUACAGUAACUGCGCUCGAUGCUGUCACAAAAAGAGUUCUUGCAUGCGUGAACAUCAACCAUAUUGGUGGAAACAGACAGCAUGCUCAGUAUUCCGGAGCUUCCAACAAUAUGGAAAGUGCUGGAACUCGAAUCAUCUUGAAGCAAUUAAAGAAAUACAAUAUCUUGAAAGAUGUUAAAGAGAUUAUUAAAGACCGAGAUAACAAAAGUGUCUCUGUCUUUAAAGAAUUUGGCGUCUCUCAUCUUGAAAGAUUCGAUCCAGGUCAUGUAUCAAAAAAUAUCUCAAAAGAUUUUACAAAGUUCUCAGCUUCUCAUAAGACAGUUGAAGUUUUCAACGACAAGACUCAGAAGAUUGAAAAAAUAGAGAGACCUUUCUGGGGUCUGAAUGCAAGCCUAAGUAUGUGGCUUUGGUCAUGUUUUGCCGAAGAAAAUAUUGACAAACGUACGAAAAUGUGGGAGAAUUGUGUCUACCAUUACGUAGGCAAUCAUUCUUUUUGCGAACCGCACAAUUACAAAUGCUUUGAAUGGCAAAAAGGUGUCAAUUCGAUCCAACUUCAAUUCAUGCUCUAUGACUGGGUUCACAAAUGGACACCCAUAGUUUCCAAAGUUUCUUCCAUUGGAUCUACCUGCAUGAAUGAAGCGUUUAACUCCAAAAUUGCAUGCUAUUUGGACAAAUCAAGAGCCUGGAAGAACAUUAACAUUAGA